UGGCGUCAAAACAACGGCACAAGGUAGGGGAUGGGGCAAAGGUGCGAGUAUAAAACGCGUCGCCUUUGCGUCUCAUUCGCGUUCUCUGACAACAGCAGACGGCCUACCAGAGAGGAUCAACAGAUCGAGGUUAUCUUCAGUGAACAGAGAAACAUCCCUACAAUGUCAGACAAGGUUUACAAAAAGACCAGUGGAAAUGGCCAGCUCACUCUCUACCUGGGAAAGAGAGACUAUGUUGAUCAUAUUGACGCUGUGGAUGCUGUUGAUGGUGUACUGAAAAUUGACCCUACAGACCUUGGGGACAGAAAAGUCUGGGUACAGCUCGCCUGUGCCUUCCGUUACGGUCGUGAUGAUCUGGACGUGAUCGGACUCUCCUUCAGAAAAGACAUCUGGAUUCAGCACAUACAGUUGUAUCCUGAUGCAGGACACAAACCCACAUUAACAGAGAUGCAUGAUACUCUCCUAAAGAAAGCUGGAGAACAGGCUCAUGCCUUUACUUUUAAUAUUCCAACCAAUCUUCCCUGCUCUGUAACCCUUCAACCUGGCCCGGAUGACAAAGGAAAGGCUUGCGGUGUGGACUUUGAGGUCAAAGCUUACUUGGCCAAAGCAGCUGAAGACCCUGAUGAGAAAAUUGACAAGAAGGACACUUGUCGCCUUGUCAUUCGUAAGAUCCAGUUUGCUCCUAAUAACACAGGAUCUGGGCAGAAGGCUGAACUCUGCAAGAGCUUCAUGAUGUCUGAUAAGCCUGUACUUCUGGAGGCGUCUUUGGACAAGGAUAUUUACUACCACGGUGAUCCCAUCCCUAUCAAAGUUAAUGUCAAGAACGAGACCAACAAAGUUGUGAAAAAAAUCAAGGUUACAGUUGACCAAACCACAGACGUCGUUCUCUAUUCAGCUGACAAAUACACCAAAAAUGUGCUGUGUGAAGAGUUUUCGGAAACCAUAGAAGGCAAUGCCAAUUUUGAAAACACCCUCACAAUAACUCCUUUGCUGGCAAACAAUAAGGAGAAACGUGGCCUGGCGCUGGACGGCAGGCUUAAGGACGAGGACACAAAUUUGGCUUCUACCACCAUUAUAAGACCAGGGAUGGAUAAGGAGAUGUUGGGAAUCCUAGUGUCCUACAAGAUCAAAGUGAACCUCAUGGUCUCAGGUGGAGGUUUGCUGGGAGGUCUGACAGCAAGUGAUGUCACAGUAGAGCUCCCUUUGACCCUGAUGCACCCCAAACCCACAGAAUGAACAUAUGUAGGACUCCACAGGACUGAUGUUCCUCUUACACACAUUCCCUCAGCACUUUGGAAAAGUUGCAUGGCCCACCCAGAAGCCAUUCAGAUGUAUCAGACAAUAAUAAGAGUCACAACCACAAUUGAAGAAAUCACAUUAGUAUCACCUCACAAAGUCUCUGGGUCAUACUGAUGGUAACACCAUGAAACAGUUUUAAAAAUUAAUGCAGGGUUUCUCAAACUCGUUGCUGAAAAACAUUUCAUUGUUUACUUUCAAUCAAAACAUUAAAUGUAAAUAAAUAAUGUUAUAAAAUCAAAAAUUCAAAUAAAACAGCUACUAAGGCUAGCUUGAACUCGUGCAAAAGGCCAAAAAAGAAAACUGAAAACUUGUGCAAAAAAAAGUUUCAAAAUUACCAGAAAAAGGUCCAAUAACUGGUAAUAAAAAAACAACUAUAUAAAAUACAACUGAUAAAACUUUUUUAAAGUUUUUAUUAAAAUGUAAACAUGCAAAUGCUACUAAAUUUGGUUGAAAUAUUAACUUGAAAAUAUCUUCGGCUGACCAUAUAGUUUGAAAACUCCUGCAUUAAUGUAACUGAAAGCAUAUGUAUUGUAUGGGUGAAUGGUUGGCCUGAGGGUCUGAGUUCAGGAAUAUCAUGCAUCUUUUGUAAGAGUCCUUCCCAUGGUCCAUUAUCUUAUAAAUUAACUCAUAGGUUCCUAAAUGUGUGUCUGAGUGAUUCAUUUCCAAAUGUAUGGAGGUACACUAUAUGUAUGGUUGUAUUUACUUGUGUAGAGUCAUUUAAACUAGCACAAUUACAGUGAGGUGAUGUUUGUCGUGUAAUGUUUGCUUUGUCAUGUUUGAAAAUUUGAACCAAAUAAAAUACCUCUAAAAGAUAUGAUAA